AUGCUCGCCUUGAACAUAAUCCUGGCCACGCUGGCCGCCUUUGCCACGGCUCAGUCUAUGGACAUGUCCAUGGACCACGGCGAGCACAACGCAGCCACCACGCUCAUCGUGGCGACCGACGAGCUCACACUGCCCACCAGCAUGAUGACCAUGCCGCCCGCCGUCGACACCGGCGUGGCGCCCAUCGUCGACGGGGACCUGACCACCAUCAUGCAGACGAGCACCACCAUGGCCCCCACCGCCGGUUCCGGCGGCGAGCAGGACCACAGCCCCGGCAUGAUGCCCUCCAUGAACCACGGCAACGGAAGCGUCCCUCGCAUCCCAUCCCAGACCGCCUUGCCUGUGCCUACUGGCGGCGCCUCGAUGGCUCAUGUUUCAUCUGGUGCUAUUGCCAUCCUUGCGGCUUUUGUCUUCGCUUCUCAGUACUAG